GGACAUGGACAAGGAAGCAAGGAGACAAGGAUGCACGUGAGGACACUAAACAUGAACUGAGCAAAGACAUGAGCUGAUCUGGACCUGUCUCAGCAGGAGCCCAGAUGGACGCCCGCUCUUGUUCCGUCUUGGUGGACUUCCUGAGGUACGUGGAGGACCUGGGACUCAGGACGUACGAUGACCUGGUGAUUCAGAAUGCCUCCGACAUCUCCAGAGAGAGCGACCGCAUCCGUGUCCAGAAGAACAAGAUCCUCCUCCAGGAACGCAGACGGCAGGACCAAAUACACAGGCUGGGCUUCAUGACCAUGCCCUUUCCCCAGGACCGAGCUCCUUCUCUGGGCUUCAGCGUUCGCUCACAGUCACUUCACUCGGUCCAGGAUGAACCGGAUCAGAACCACUGGGACGCAGAUGACCCAGCCAGUCAGAGCCAGUGGGACAUGGACGACCCGACGAAUCAGAGCCUGAGGAAACAACCGCCGCCCAAACCCCGGCGAGACCCAGCAACAAAACUGAGCAGCUCCGAAACAGAGGGACUCACAGAAGGUCUGAUCGGGGAGAAGCUGCCUCCUCCAAAACCUCGGAGAAACCCCUGCACUCAGCUGAGCUCCUGCCUCGACCAAUCACUGAGCCGCAACCACAGCGACAGGAAGCCUCUGGACCAAUCAGACGCAGCUAGCGAGGAGGAGCCAGUCUAUAUUGAAAUGGGCCCAAAUCAGAACCUGGACCAGGACGAGGGGGUCUAUGAGGAGAUGACCUUUGCCUCAGAGUCCAGCCCGAAAAUGCAGAAAGUCCCAACGCCGUUCCCCAACCUCCUGAGCCACAAAGCGCCGCUGCUCACCCUCCCCCAGAACCAGGCUCUGGACCGGACCUCUCCACAGAGCUCUGACGAGUCCCCACUCACGCCGCUCGAAACUGCACUGGGACAGUUCUUUCAUCAGGAUUUAAGGCCAAAAACUCAGAAGAACCCUGGAGCCAAAGCCGACGUUCGCGUUCGCAGAACCUCAGACCCGGUCCAGGAUCAGGAGCGCGGCCUGUUCAAGCCCGACCGCAGGUCCGAGUGGAGCCAGAGUGUGGACCAAAUCCACCCAGAGAGAGGCCACCGCCGAGACCCCAGGACCAGAGCGGACUUCAGAGACCGGAGACUGGACUCUGAACCCGACCUGAGACCGGACCAGAGACAGUACUACAGUCUGCGCCGGGACCCCACUGGACGAGACCACAGGGACAAACGGGACCUCCGAGACCCACGGAAGGGCAUCCGGAUCGAGCAGAGACGAGAGCGUAGCCUGGAGAGUCUGGAGCGAGUCUUGGACCAGGACUUGGACAGGGACUUAGACCAGGACUUGGACUUUACAGUGACGAGUUCUGGCCGUGCGUCGGCUCCACCUCUGACCUCCCGCUCAGGCCCCUCCCCGAUUCCUCAGAGCUACCGGCGUAGCCAAUCAGCGUGUCCCUCACCAGUGAAGCGCCCGCCUCCCUAUGAUGUCAUCAUGAUGUCAGCAGUAAUGGCCCACGGAGGUCACAUGACCCAAAGGCUCAGAGGACCAGAGUCCGGCUCCACGAGACCAACCCAGGUCCAAAUCCAGGAGCCAUCUGUGCACGCCCAGGUACGCCCGCACCCUCCACCCUCACCCCCACCCUCUGCAUGCACCCCCCACCCUCUGCCCACACCCUCUGCAUGCACCCUCCACCCUCUGCCCACACCCUCACCCCCACCCUCUGCCCGCACCCUCCACCCUCACCCCCACCCUCUGCAUGCACCCUCCACCCUCUGCCCCCACCCUCAGCACGCACCCUCACCCCCACCCUCUGCCCUCAAUCUCCACCCUCACCCCCACCCUCUGCAUGCACCCUCCACCCCCACCCUCUGCCCUCCCCCUCUGCCUUCAGCGUCCUGGUUCUUCGGGGGCCUUCCAGUGUGUGUGGCCCCCGGCUUCGGGGCCCCCGGCGGCGGUGAGGGGGUGUGGCCGGCCUCGGGAGACGUGCUGAUGCGAGAUACGAUGGAGCGAAAGCGAGUUUUGUGUCGUGAGAUCAGGAGCCGGACCGUGAGGAGGCCCCCUCCAUACGGGGCCACGGUGCCCCCUGCAGGAGCACGCACCUGGGACACUGAGAUCUGA